GCCAAAAUAGAAGAGAAUGGGAGAAUGUGCUUAAGAGCGAUGCCUGGACUAUUACAGGACUCCCAGAAGAACUCCAAGGAGCAUUAUACUUGAGUUAUGAAGCCUUACCUUCAGCUCUUAAACAUUGUUUUCUCUAUUGUGCUCUUUACCCCCGUGGUCGUAGAUUUUAUUCAAAAGAUCUUGUUUGUCAUUGGAUUGCAGAAGGAUAUAUUGAAGCAAAGGAAAAUGUAUCAAUGGAGGAUGUUGCGAAAAGCUAUUACAUGGAAUUAAUUUGUAGGAGUUUCUUACAACUUGACCCUGGGUAUGCAGAUAUGUCAUAUUGCACAAUCCAUGAUUUGUUGUGAACUUUAGCUGAGUUUUUUGCAAAUGAUGAAAGUUUUUUAGGAGAUCCACAAGAAGUACAAAGCACCGAAUCAAUGAAAAAACUACGCCGUUUGACAGCCACAAGCAAUAGAGAAAGUGUGAGCAUUCCAUAUCUUGGUUGUCUGAGAAGCUUGCAGUUAUGGACUCCCCCAAGUUUGAACACACAGGUGAUUGGCAACUUAAAACAUUUGCGUUUAUUAAUUCUCAAUGGAGACAAGAUUGAGAAUAUUCCUGACAGUAUUGGGGAUUUAGUGCACUUGAGGCUGUUGGAUUUGGAGCAUACAUGCAUUUUUAACCUACCAAAUUCUCUGGGAAAUCUCAUUAAUUUGCAAUUCUUGUUGCUUAGUGAUUGUAAGUCUUUGCGUAUCCUUCCAAACAGCAUAACUAAGCUAUAUAAUUUGAGAUGGCUACGGGUCAAUGACACACCUUUGAAUUAUGUGCCAAAGGGAAUAGGCAAGUUGGAUCAUCUUCAUCAUGUGGAAGGAUUAAUCAUCGGAGAUAGUGGUGACGAUGGAGAAGAGGUAUGCAACUUAGAAGAGCUACAUAUGCUUGAAAAACUUAGUUUUCUUCAUGUAAAAAACUUGGAGAAAUCAAGCAGCAAAAUUUCUUCUGUACUGUCAAGCAAGAUUCACCUCAGAGAACUACGGCUUUGUUGCACACCUAAUUACACUGAUGAGCAUAUUCAACAGCAAGAGAUGGACAAUAUUGUGCAAGUCUUUGAUGAGCUGCGUCCUCCCCCAUGCCUUGAAGAUCUAGUGAUUGACAACUUUUUUGGUGGUCGAUAUCCAAAAUGGAUGUCAUCCACUUCCAUUACUAUUUCUCUUCAAGAAUUGAUUUAUUUGGUCUUAAUUAAUUGCAUAAAUUGCCCUCAGCUUCCCCAACUUGGCCAACUGCCCCAGCUCAAGUAUCUGAGGAUAGAUGGAGCAACUGCAGUAGCAUCAAUUGGCCCUGAAUUUCUCGGCAAUUAUAAUGGAGAACCUACAGAAAUUGCCUUCCCUAAGCUUGAAUCCCUAUUAUUUGAGAACAUGAUUAAUUGGGAGGAAUGGUCAUUAAUCAGUGGAGAAGAAGACAACGAUCAUGAAUCUAGCAAGCCAUUAAUGUUCUUCCCCCAUCUCAUAAACAUUACCAUUUACAAAUGCCCCAAGCUGAAAGCUCUUCCCAGAGGUUUGAAACGGGCAAACAUCCAAAAAUUGCAGAUCAUAGGAGUUUUCAGGCUUUCAAGGGUCUCUCAUCUCCUUGCCUUGAAAAAACUGGAAGUCACUUAUUGUCGAAAACUGGAGUGUGUGGAGAAGCUUGAGUCUUUGCAAAGCUUAAAGGUGAUUGAUAAUGAUGUGGGCAACACUAGUCUCCCUCAGUGGCUCAUCUCUUUCCUCCAACAACGUGAAGAAAAGUCUCAUGAGGAUGAUCUAUUCCAGUUGCAUUUGGAGUGCAGUGUCCGAGCACUAAAGGGAUGUUUGAAAGGGCAUCAACACUGGUCGUUCAUCCAGCAAGUACCACGCUUCAUAGGCUAUGCAAUGAAUCAAAGCAUGUAUUUGAAGUACACCAAAGAACCAUAUUACUAUGAAACCAACAUCGAUCACUGAUGUGGAUUAGGAGGAUGAAAUUCUUUCUUUGAAUUAAUUAGAUCACCAUUGGUUACCUGUAAAUUAGUACGUGACUUGUUCAUGACUCAGGUGUAUGAUAAUUUGAUGGUUUCAAGUUAUACUGAGAGGCCUCACAUUCUUUAGGGGUUUUCUUUCCUUCUUCAUGCUUUGCGUAAUUUUCAAUGUGACUUGAGCUUGAAUCCACAUCUCCUUGACUGUGAAUUGUGUGAUAUGUAUGGUUCUAUUACUACUCUGAUGGAGCUCUCUGGAGGGGGAGUGUUCUUUUCUUUAGUAUAUUGGUGGAUUUGAUUAUAUGAUGUGCAACUAUGCAUACAUGCAAGGACUAGUGCAAUUGAUCGAUCCCUCAGCUACAAUAAAAUCUGAAGAAGAGGAUUCUUAGGAGAAUUUUUUUGUCGGAUCGAUGGCUUAAUCAUGGAGAUAUGUGUGCUAGGAUGAAAUUAACUUCAACAUGUUGAAUGAGUUGUGGACAUGUAUAAUGACUGAGAACUCUAAUGCUUUGUUGCAGGCCUAACUCUGGUGGACAUGUACAACAGCAUGGGAAGUCUCAUGACUCUCAAUUCCGCUUACAUUUGAAUCACAGUGCUCGAGCACUCUAUCAGUGUUUCUAAGCCUCCAGCAAAUACCUGUUUUCUGGCCUAUGCAGAGGACAAAAGCAUGUAAUUUAAGUACACCAAGCAAACAUUUUUCUAUCAAACAAAUCUUGAUGAGAAUGUAUCAAUUGGUAUGAUCCAUGAAACCUCUUUGUUCAAUUUAUUUUUAUAUCUCUUUCAUCUCUAUAUAUUGAAAGUGCCUAAUUGUAUCAAAAUUAUGAUAUGUAUGCCGUGUGGUUGCAAAACUGCUGCACCUGAAGAGGAGAAUGCAAGCUUGAAUUUGAAAUAGAUUCUGAAUAUGCAUGCGUUAUGUACUCAAUAUGUUUUGAAU